CCGCCCACUCUUCCCUCUGGUGUGCAGCAGUUUUAUGCACAGUUGUUGCUUUUAAGCAGCUCUGUAAAGACUCUGAGCGAGUACAAGAUGGCAUCCCAGCGGCUUUAUAUGAGGUUAAUAGGGCUGGCUAUAUUGCUGACACUCUUUGCUCUUAGAGAUGCAUCCAGUGACAGCAGCUUGCACAAGAUCUUAAGGAAAAGAGAUGUGGCAGGAGCUGGUACUGUCCCUUCAAGGUCCUCUGUUGCCGUCCCCUCGUCCAAGGCUCAGGAGUUCCUGGCGAAACUGAGCAGAACCAAGAGGCAACUUUGGGACCGCAGUAGACCAGACGUACAGCAGUGGAUUAUGCAGUUUAUGUACAUGGGAUUUGAUGAGCAGAGGCUGGAGACUGACCUGUCGUACUGGAUGGACCAAGCUCGCUCCACUGACCAGGGGCGUCAGCACCACUAUGACGAAAACGCCGCCAUCGGACCGCGUGACCCUAGUUCUUACAGACACGGAGCUAAUGUCAACUACGACUACUAUUAACCGUGUCAGUCUCUUGGUUUUACAUCUGCCAGGCAGCUGUCAAUAUCCAAGUACUCCACAGCCGCUCUGGCAGUAUAACCAGUAUAACCCACUCUCAACUCUCUCUCACUAUUCCACAUAUUAGUUAUAGAGCAGAGGCGAUGUUCAAAAACACAAUUAUUUGUGCUACAGUAUUUACAUUUUUACAAGUGAGGCAGCUGAUUUGUAUGAAUUACUGUUAAAAUCUGAUGUCUGGCUCUUUUCUUAACACUAGAUUAUUGUAAAUAAAGAUGUGGCUUCGUAGUUUCUACUA